AUGUUUCGUCUCCUUUUCUCUGGCGGAGCUUUGGACCCAUUUUUUGAUUUAAUUGCCUUCAUAUUAGGAGUAGAAGUUAAAACUAAAGAGAUUCCAGUCGUGUCAGAUCUUCCAGUAGGCCUUAAUCUUCAAGAUCACAUUUUUCCUCUUGGAAUGGAUUUCUUAAUUGACAAACCAGUUGCUAUCGUCGCCUACCGUGUUCUAACUCCAUUCAAUGCUCUACGUUAUUUCAAAUAUGGUUCUGGUCCGUGGACCACAUUAGGUGGAGUCGAAGGUUUGGCUUUCAUCAAUACCCGUUUUGCGAAUUCUUCUGAUGAUUAUCCAGAUAUCGAACUGUAUUUUGUAACUGGCAGUCUGACUUCUGAUGGAGGAGAAAUUUUUAUUCCAGCCUUUGGCAUAAAUAAUCAAGUUAGAAAAUUAUAUUAUGGGCCUAUUUUAAAUCGGGAUGUUUUCACCAUAUAUCCUACUUUAAUUCAUCCAAAAAGUCGAGGUUAUGUAAAACUCAGAAGCACUAAUCCCUACGAUCAUCCUGUUAUCCAACCGAAUUAUUUAUCUCAUCCACAAGAUGUCUUGAGACUUAUAGAUGCAAUGAAAAUAACGAUACAAAUUGGUGAAUCGAAACCUUUUAGAAAGUUCGGAUCUCGAUUAUAUUCGACUCCUGUUCCAGGAUGCGAAAGAUUUUUAAGACUCAGCGAUGAAUAUCUCGAAUGCAUUCCAGUCGUGUCAGAUCUUCCAGUAGGCCUUAAUCUUCAAGAUCACAUUUUUCCUCUUGGAAUGGAUUUCUUAAUUGACAAACCAGUUGCUAUCGUCGCCUACCGUGUUCUAACUCCAUUCAAUGCUCUACGUUAUUUCAAAUAUGGUUCUGGUCCGUGGACCACAUUAGGUGGAGUCGAAGGUUUGGCUUUCAUCAAUACCCGUUUUGCGAAUUCUUCUGAUGAUUAUCCAGAUAUCGAACUGUAUUUUGUAACUGGCAGUCUGACUUCUGAUGGAGGAGAAAUUUUUAUUCCAGCCUUUGGCAUAAAUAAUCAAGUCAAGUAUUGA